AUGGCCGACAUUGACGGCGCUUUUGUCUCCGUUAAAUUAUGGUCGAGGUAAGGAAGGCUUUCUCCUAUCAUAUAACGACUUUUUAGAAGAGAGUCACGAUUAUGGACAAUAAACUUCUUCAUGGGCACAUGCGCAUUAUAUGCGUCUAGAGUAGCGUUGCCAAUAUGCGCAUCUGUGAUGGCUCAGGAAUAUGGAUGGAACAAAACAGAUUCGGUAAGGCAGUUUUUCUAGAUUACUUAUUUUUUAGGGAACGAUAAUGUCAUGCUUCUUUUGGGGCUACACGAUAACACAGAUAAUAGCCGGAAAUGUUGCCGAUAAGUAUGGGGGAGAGAAAAUCUUAAGCCCGACCACUUUAUCUUGGGCACUGCUCACAUUCCUGACUCCUCAGCUUUUUGACUUUGCUUAUUGGACUGACUCUCCACUUUUCUUCUUGUUGUUGAUAAGAGUGGCCACUGGAAUUGGACAGGGAUUCCACUUGCCGAGUAUGGCCAGCAUUGUUUCCCGCCAUUUGACAGCUGCUGACAAAGGUCGGGUCUUCGGAAUUUGUUUGGCAGGAUCCCAUUUCGGGUAAGUAUUAUUAAUAUAAUAAAAGAAUAAUCGAAUGUUUAAAUAUAAUUAAGUUUUCAAAGUUGACUGUGUUUCAGAUCUGUAGUUGCUGGAGGAUUCGGAUCCAUUUUACUUGAUUGGUUUGGAUGGCGAAGUCUUUUUCAAUUCGUUGGUGAGUUAUCUUUGCUAUUGUGUUUACUCUUUAGGCAUAUUGAGUAUAAUUUGGUGGGCCUUUUUUAAAUGGCUAAGUGAGAGCUCGGUACGAGGGAUUGAGAAAAGAGGGCUGACAAAGGCGAAAAACUCUGAAGAAUCGCUUCUUCCGAUAGAGAAUCUGAAGAAAAAGACAGAUCAAGGUGUGCCUUGGAAAACAUUAUUUUCACAUCCCUCAUUUUGGUGAGUCAUGACAUUAUUAUUUUCAUGAUAUGUUUGUUUUUCUAUUUUUGUAUUUUUCACGUGGGUGUACUUUUUAGGGCAGCAUCAGUUGCGCAGUACUGUGGUGCCAAUGCUUACUUUACAAUGUUCAGCUGGUUACCCUCGUACUUUUCGGAUAAUUUCCCAACGGCCAAGGUUAGUUUUAAAGUUUAUUUUUUAUUGUUCUGGAUCAAAGUUUUUGCCGGAUUAUCCGGCUUUCAAGAGUGGAUGAAGGAAAGUUAUGCCGGAUGUAUUUACGUAAUAUGAUGGCUUACGUUUCCAGGGUAUUAUCUACAAUGUCGUACCAUAUUUGGCGAUCGUGGUUACAUCUUUGGCGGCUCCGUUCAUGGCGAGUCGUCUGCUGAGUAGUGGGAAGAGUGUAACAUUUACUCGUCGUUUUAUGGAAGGCUGUUCCUUGACAUUAACAGCUCUCUGUCUUCUGACCGUCUCCUUCUCGGGCUCCUUCUACUGGUCGUUAAUCGUGUUCACGCUGGCGAUGGCUUCUCGGGGAUUACAUCAUGGAGGAGUUUCGGUUAAUCCCCAUGACUUUGCUCCAAACCAUACCGGCGCGGUGUUCGGUGAGUAUUGUGGAAGCGUGUUAAUUAAACGGGCGGCCCAUGUUUUAAUGGGUCUUUCGAGUUUGUUUUUAUGAAAUGCGAUCUCCCACGGCCCAUCCCCGCCAUUUAUGGGAGUCUCAUAUUAUAUUAGCCUCCUAUCAAAUUAACUAAAGUGUUAAUUGAAAUAUUUCCAGGGAUCUUCAACGCCUUCUCGGCAGUGACUGGGUUCAUCGGAGUGUACGUGGCGGGAUGGAUCCUCCAACUUAGCAACAAUAACUGGAUUUAUGUUUUUCUAAUCACCGCCGUGCAAUGUCUGUUCGGGGCUGUAGUUUUUUGUCUUCUGGGAACCGGAAACAAAAUAAUUUAGUCUUCAGAAUGCGGGUCUUUUGUUCGGUUGCAUGUAAUAUAGUCGCUAAUAUAAUAUAAUAUGAUUCGCGGUGCCUUAUUUCCCUUAUCUGGCCUUUUUCCUUCUUUUAGUACCGGUUCCGUCCCUGAGGACCUUGGUCUUCAUCUCCCCAUUCGAAAGAAAACAGCCUCAGGGUUUCCUCGAUCGCGCCAUGCUUGAUCUCCCUUACUGUACCCUUUCCCCAAUUCAAUGA